AUGAACAUGACCUUUUACAAAUAAUGCUUUUAAACUUUAUAAGGACUUUAUGAAUUAAAACUAAUAUCUAAAGAUGAAAAGCUACUUUUAAAAGGUUAAAUUCUCAAACUUGAAAUUCCUUCUGAUGAUGGUACUUCAGUCGAAGAUCUAUCAAAAUAUUUUCUUUCUCUUUUGAAAUAAAAAAAAAGACACUUUAUCAACGUUCAAACCAAAUUACACUUGGAUAUGAUCGAUGAGGAAACAGAUGAAGAGUAACUUUGA